UUAACCACCUCCCGUCCGGCUGUUGUAUAUAAACGGUCGGACGGUGGCAGUGCAGGGUCGGGUGGCUGUUUAUAAAUGGCCUCCCCGCCCCCUGCUUGUGCGCACUCCCUCGGAGCGCGCAGUACCGCGAUCUGGUGCCCGCUGUGUCCUCUGGAUCGGUGUUCCACUGUGUCAUCGGACGGGACCUCUGUACGAGGUCCCGAUCAUGUGAUCACUGAUUGGCCAAUGACACUUGUGACAUCAUUGCUUACUACGUGUGAAAUCUGUGAAUGAUCACCCAUUGAGAAAUACUGUGAGAGCUCUGAUUGGUCACAGCUUGUCACAUGGUACAAGGCUUUUGUGAAUAGCCUUGUAUCAUGUGACCUCUGUGAUCAUUCACAGAUUUCACAAGUA